UAAUAGUAAUGGCAAAAUUCAUAGCUUUGAUUAGAAACAGUGAAACCCAAAAAAGUGUAGAAAUAUCCAUAGCUGUAAACAAAUCAAACUUUACAAAAUAAAGGGCAAAAAGAUAAGUUAAUAGAAAACUUUGAGUUUCUAUUAUUAAAAAAAAAAAAAAAACUUUGAGAUUCUAUUUGGACUUCAAAUACCUUCUUCCCUUUUUCUCUGGAAAAAUUCUCCAACCCAUUUGAUGCAUGUUGUGUUUUCUCCUUCAACUUUCAACUACCACCUUGUGAGUAUCUUCAAGUUUUUGUUUUUUUUAUCCCUUUCUUUCAUCUUUUGUUUCAUUGAGUAAAUCAACAUUAUUGUGCUUUCAAGAAACUUUUGUAGUGUAGUGUGUUAGAUUUGGUUGGAUUUGUAUGUUUUUGGAAGUUUGUGAUGCCAGAAAAGGAAAAGGUUGUGAUUUCAAUACUUCAUUGGAGAGUUGGGUUGCUCACUGUUUUUUUUCUAUUUGGAAUGUUCAUAGUUUGGAGUAUUAAUGGAUGCAAUGUUAAAAAUGUUUUUCAAGUUUAUCUUCCUCAUUCUCCAAAUUUCACUAUUUCACAUCAAAAUUUGUUUACUCUUAGUUUAGAUCAAAACCAAAGUAAUAUAAAUAGAACCCAUGUUUCUGUUAACAUUACUUUGUCUGAUAAAAAACCAAAAAGUUUUGAUCUUGUUAAAAGGAGUUCAAGUUGGAUUUCAAGUGAAUUAGAGGUUAAUUUGAGUUCAAAUCUUUUAGCUAGAUGGUUAGCUAGGGGAGGUGAACCUUGUAGAGAUUCUAAGACAGUUGAGAUUGAAAUUCCUGGUUUGGAUGGUGGGAAUUUGAUUGAGUUAUCAAGUGGAGAUAUACAUGAGUUUACUUUUCAAGCUUUGGAUGAUUCGGGGAAGCCACGGUGUUUAGGUGGUGAUUACUUUGAGACUGAUCUUUCGGGGGAAUCGUGGAAAUCGCGGCCUUUAGUGAAAGAUUUUAGUAAUGGAUCUUACUCGAUUUCGCUUCAAGUUCAUCCUGAUUUUGUUGGUGUUUACAAUCUCACUAUUAUAUUGCUUUAUAGACACUUUGAAGGACUGAAAUUUACUCCGUGGAGAUUUGUUUAUGAUCGAGUGCUUCGUAGUUUUGCAAUUAGGUUCUACAAGAGCGAUGUUCGGAUACCGGAAUUGCAGACUUGUAAGGCUGCUGAUUUUAGCAGGGAUGUUUGGUGUGGAAGGUGGACAAGGCAUGGAAAGAAUGAUGAAUGUUCCGUUGGUAAUGAUGGUAGAUACCGAUGUUUAGCAUCGGAUUUUCCUUGCAAAGCUCCUUGGUGUGAUGGUUCCUUGGGAGUUUUGGAGAGUAAUGGUUGGGUGUACUCAACUCAUUGUUCAUUCAAGAUGUAUUCAGCUGAGUCGGCUUGGAAUUGCUUGAAGGAUCGAUGGAUUUUCUUUUGGGGCGAUUCAAAUCAUGUUGACACGAUUCGUAACACACUCAAUUUUAUUUUGGAUUUGCCUGAUGUACAUUCUGUUCCGAGACGAUUUGACAUGAACUUUUCAAACCCGAAAGAUCCGUCUCAAACCAUUAGGAUUACAAGCAUCUUCAAUGGCCAUUGGAAUGAAACACAAAACUAUCUGGGGCUGGAUUCUUUGAGAAAUGAAGGGUUUCAAAAUUUGUUGAAGAAUUACUUCUUGGAAGACACGGUCCCGGACGCUGUGAUCAUGAACUCUGGCUUGCAUGAUGGUGUCCACUGGCGUAAUAUAAGAGCAUUCUCCGUCGGAGCAGACUAUGCAGCAUCCUUUUGGGCGGAUGUUUUGAAGACGGUGAAGCAAAGGGGAUUGGCAUUGCCAAAAGUGUUUUACCGGACUACGGUUGCAACCGGUGGAUACGCAAGAUCACUAGCAUUUAAUCCUAACAAGAUGGAAGUGUUCAACGGCGUUUUCUUAGAAAAAUUGAAGCAAGCUGGCGUUGUAGCCGGUGUGAUUGAUAACUUCGAUAUGACAUUUCCGUGGCAUUUUGAUAACCGAUGUAACGAUGGAGUUCAUUACGGAAGGGCGCCGGCAAAGAUGAAAUGGAGAGAUGGUGAAAUUGGACAUCAAUAUUUUGUGGACCUCAUGUUAGCUCAUGUUCUUCUCAAUGCACUAUGUGCAAGAUAGCACUUAAGGAAGGUGUAGGCAUAGCCUUUAAAAUAAUGCACAUUUUAUACUUUGCAUGCAACUUUGAAGGUGCUUGGUUGAAGAUUAUUGAGUUAGAGUUCAUUUUGUUACACUAUUGAAUUUUCUGAAAAUUUAGGUUUGAUAUUCUUUCUUGCUCAAUCAUAUAUUUUUGUUAGAGUAUGUAUUGUUCCAUUUGUAGAUUAACAUUGAGGAUUUUAACUUCAACACAUUUUACUACUAUCAUAGUUCAAAGGCUAUUCUUUCUUUGUAUAUUUCUUGUUUCGAACACCAAUGGACUUCAAAUAUUACUACCC